CUGGCCGGGGGCCGGCGCGGGGGCUGCCAGCGGAUGAGCGCGGCCCGGCGGCGGCUGCGGAUGAGCCGGCCGAAGGAGGUGGUGGCGUACUGCCUGCUCCUGGGGCUGUCCGUGCCCCUCCUGCUGCUGCUGCCGCUCCUCUGAGAUGCGCCGGGCGGCGGCUCGGCCCCGCAUCGCGGGGACGGGCGGGAGGAGCCGGCGGCAGCCCCGCUCCGCCGCCCGGCGUGCUGCCGGCGGCAGCAGCAGCCCGAGGCACUGACGCCCCGGCGGGGGAGGAUGAGGCGCUGGGACGAGCUUUGCAGCGGUGCCACCCAGCCUGCGCCGGCGGGCGGGCUGCCUCUUCCCGCGGGGGGGCCCGGCCGCGGCCCCGGCCGCGCUCUGCCCCUGUACAGGCUGUGAUGCCGCCGCGCUCGGCGCUCCCCCGCCCCGGCUGACAGGGACGCCGAGCAGAGCCGCGGCGUCGCAGCUUUCCCUUUCGCCUUCCAAAGUUGGGCUUCGGUGGCUCGGGGCGGCGGCGCCUCCGCCCUGGGGCGGCCCCGAUGGGCCCGCGGCCGCGGGCACUGUCACUGCAGCCACCCUCCUGACCCAGCCCCAGCCCCAGCGGCACGGCUGCUGUAGCCGGGGGCAGCUGUUGCCGGGGGCGGCCGCGGCGCUCGCGUUGCUGCAAAGGCGCCGCUCUGCGGGGCGGAGUGUGUCCCCGCCGGCUCGCCGUGCGGGGAGGCGGGCCGGGGGCCGGCUGAGAUGGGAGAGAGCAUGUCCAAGAGGCUGAAGCUGCAGCUGGGUGGUGAAGCGGAGAUGGAGGAGCGGGCUUUCGCCAACCCCUACCCCGACUACCAGCCCCAGGGAGCCGUGGCAGCCCCCAGCGCGGCGGACGCCCACCGGGACAGGGCACUGCAGCCUCCGGCGGAGGAGGAGUCCCUCCCCUUCGGCGCCGACGGGAAGGUCAAUGCUCGGUUCUUAAAACGGAUCCAGGCAAAAAUCAAAGACCUUCUGCAACAAAUGGAGGAAGGGCUGAAGACGGCAGAUCCACAUGACUGCUCUGCCUAUACUGGCUGGACUGGUAUUGCCCUCUUAUAUCUGCAACUGUACCGUGUCACAAAAAACCAGAGCCAUUUGCAGCGAUCUCUUGAUUAUGUGAAGAGAAUCCUUCGCAAUCUGAAUGGCAGAAGAGUUACUUUCCUCUGUGGUGAUGCUGGGCCAUUAGCAGUGGGUGCAGUGGUUUACCACAAACUGAAAAAUGACAGUGAAUCUAAAGAAUGUGUUGCCAAGUUGUUGCAGCUCCAAAGGACUGUCAUCAGCACGGAUUCUGAACUUCCAGAUGAGCUGCUCUAUGGCAGAGCAGGUUACCUGUAUGCCUUGCUGUACCUGAAUACUGAAAUCGGUCCAGACACUGUCCCACAGUCUGUUAUCAAAGAGGUAAUAGAUGCUAUUAUUGAGUCGGGGAAAAACUUUUCAAAAGAGGAGCGGAAAACAGACCGUUGUCCUCUGUUGUACCAGUGGCACAGGAAGCAGUAUGUUGGAGCAGCCCAUGGAGUGGCUGGGAUCUAUUACAUGCUCAUGCAGCCAAUUGCAAAUGUGGAUCAGGAGACCCUGACAGAGCUGGUGAAGCCAAGCAUUGACUAUGUGCGUCAUAAAAAAUUCCGAUCUGGGAAUUACCCGUCAUCGCUGAGCAAUGAGACUGACAGACUGGUUCACUGGUGCCAUGGUGCCCCUGGAGUCAUCCACAUGCUCAUGCAAGCUUAUAAGACUUUUAAAGAGGAUAAAUACUUGAAAGAUGCUAUGGAUUGCAGCGAUGUCAUCUGGCAGAGAGGUUUGUUGAGAAAAGGGUAUGGGAUCUGCCAUGGUACUGCUGGCAAUGGCUACUCCUUCUUGUCUCUCUAUAACCUAACUCAGGACAGAAAGUACCUCUACCGAGCUUGCAAGUUUGCUGAAUGGUGUUUGGAGUAUGGUGCACAUGGAUGUCGUAUUCCUGACCGACCUUAUUCCCUCUUUGAAGGCAUGGCUGGAGCUAUUCACUUCCUCUCAGACAUUUCAGUACCGGAGACUUCCCAGUUUCCAGCGUUUGAACUUAGACCUCAAAGGAGGGAAAACAAAGUGGAACAGGAUGGCUAAAACGAUCAUUUUGAAAGGAAACUGAUGCCAAAAGAGAUGAGACUGUUUAGUGCCUCUGAUAGCAAACCAACUUGACGCUGAACCAACAGAUGGAUAAAGCCCUUUUCCCACCCCUCCUGCCCCAAAGGACUGUGAAGUCAUUGGAGCAUGAACAGGAGAAGCCACACUUAAGUUCUGUUGAAGUGACACCUUCAGAUGUAGGACCAGAGAAGUCAAGUUUUGAACUUUCUCUUUUCCGUUGUAUUUGUCUUCUUCAGGUCUUUGCCAUGCUCUGCACGUUUAUUGGUGUUGUGUGUUGAUCUGAGUCUUUUGUUGUUAGCCAAAAGCUGGUCUCCGUGUGAAUCUCUGUCCUGUACCUUUGUGCAUGACUCACAAGAGCAGUGUUGCUUUCUGAAGCGUGGUUACCUGCAGAGAGUUUGCCCAGCUUCACUGGUGUGCUGGCAGCUCUAAAAAGAGAUGAAAAAUGUUUCUAUGUUCAUUUUUUUUAUGCCUUUUUCUCCACAGUCCUUACAAGCUAAGCUGGUGUAGAUCAGCCUGUUUUGAUGAAGAGGCAUGAGGCCACUUCUGUUUUCAGAAACUCAGCAGGUUGAAAAGGAUAUGACUUGUCUUUUGCUGCUGUUGUGGGAGGCUUGUUGCAAGUCGGAAAGAGAGGUUCCCUUUGAUACCUGCAGCUGGUUAGUGUGUUAGGUGCUUAUAGGAGGGUGGAGAUGCUUCUUCCCACUGCUGCAAAGGUCCAUCGCAUGCCACAAGCUUAAACUGCAGGUGGAAUCACUUGGACUAACGUCCCUCUACCACCAACAGCAGAGCCUGGACAGUGUAACUGCUUCUCCUUUCCUGGACCUCAAUUUGGAAUAAACCUGUCCUGCAGCCUCUUACAUACAGAUGAGCAAGGAAGGUGCCAUGGCAAUCUUCUCAUGCAGGUAGCUCAGAGGAUGGUUGUUACUUUGGAACCAAAGUGGUGAUCUGUUUCAGGCCCUCCCCUCCCAUGUAGUGGUACAGGAGUGAUAAAUACCAGCUGCUUUUGGAGGCUGCAGAGGAUUACUGAGCAAUAUGAAGCCAUUGCUAAUGGCUGUAAUUGAAGUAUAUUCAUCUUCAAAUCCACACAGAGAAAGCUCUUUUCCUGUAGUCUUAACUGCUGCUAGUGCUUUGCUUCCCCCUGUAGUGUGGUGGGGUUGUGAAAUACUAGACCUGCCUCCAGGUGCUCCUGAGUAUCAGGCUAUUGGUUUGGGAAAAGUGGAACAUAGAGCAGGCAUGUGUGUCCAGGUAGUACCUAAAGUGUAGUGCUCUCCCAGUCACUCAGGCUCUGUGGUCAUCCUCCCCCAGGUCUCCUUGUGCUCUGUCAUUCAGGUGCUGAUUUUAAUUGGUAUCUUCUGUCAGGUCUGAGUGUGACAGAUGGCAGUUCGACCUUUUGGGCAUGCAUCAGGAUAUCUUAGACCUGUGGGCCAUCUGCUGAGUGCCAGUGUCUGUGGUUAGGCUUGGAGAUGCAUUGUUGCUUCUGCAUAAAUCUGUCUUGAUUUGUCACCUUGCAGGUGACUUCCUUCAGCACGUUUCAGUGUCUGUUGCCAAAUCCCCUGGGAUGUUAAUAAUUUCCCUAUUCCGUUCUGCCAGACAACAGCAGCAGUGUCAGUGCACACACAGCUUAAUGUCACAGUGUAGCAACUCCUCUGCUGGUCUGUCAGGUACGAUUAGAACAUGGGAGCAGCACAAGGGACUUUUCUACUCCUCUGGCAAAGGCAGAAGGUGAGGUGGGAGCAACAAACCCAGCUGCAUUUCUGCAGCCAGGGAUGGGAGGAAAUGCUGAAAGGCAGUGGGGAAUGCUGCAUGGCAAGCAGCUGGACUGAAGAAAACAGGAGCAGAGCAGCAGAAAGUGAGGAACAGAGAGAAUUAUUAAUGUGAGGGAUCAGUGAGGAACAGGAAGAGCUGGUCACAGAGGCAGUGCACAGCGUACCAGCAGAGACCACCUCGAUGAGGGAUUCCUCCGCACCAAGAAUGCCAAGAGCUAACUUUAUUUAUUUCUUUAGCCUGUGGAUCCUGGUCGUGCCCAUAGAAAAGCCAGGAGGGAAAACUUGCCCAGGAAGUCUCAGAGAGAUACUAAGAGAGGUAGAUGCCAGCUCUGAUCCUAUUUCACAUCACCCCCCACCCCACCUCUUUGUUCCUUCCCCUCCACUGUGACUGCAGAGCAUGUUGAGUGUCUUAACAAGGAAAGGGCUCACCACACUUACAGGAGCUGCCUAGAAACACUGGCCACCCUGGCAAACCCCAAGCCUCUGUUGUAUGGACUGUUUAGGGGGUCAGCUGGCAGGUUUUUCAUUCAGUGAGUAUAUGCAUAUUGGCCUUGGCUACUGUGCUUGGAAUGGCUCCUGUGGGGGGGGGUGAGUUUGGCUGGCUGGAGUUUAAAGGGAAUUACAACCUACAAGUUUUAAAAAUACAGAGAUGUAUACACAUUCAGAACAGCUGAAUGCUGAGCAGAUUCCCCAAGAUGCUGGAGUGUACCUGUCAAGAUAAUGAGCAAGUCAGCUACCUGCUCUUCUGUACCAUAGCCAGCCUCCCGCCAUGGUGGGGGACCUGGCACCAUCUUUCUCUGCAGAAUCCUCUUGGAAUUGAGUAAGACUGGAAAUGUAUUGAGCUGGGAAGUGUCUUCUCAGUACAGCUGCCUCAUCUUCCUGCUGUGACUUUCCCCAUGGCUCCUCCUUUCUGUUCGUCACAGCAUUGCGAUUAUCUAGGUGGCCCCUUAAGGAAAGAUAUGGUGUGAAGGUGAAAAAGUGCAUUUCAUCAAGGCAUUGACUUCAGAAAUGACAUCAAACUACAAAUGUAGAAAAUGUCUUAAUAUUCCCCGGUUUGCUUUGUCUGUGUUUAAUAGUCUACCUGUUGCAAAAAGCAGUAGUGUUAAAAAUGGAAAUGCUCUGUGGGCAGAAAAAGGAGGAAAAAAUGCUGAUGUUUUGUUCUUUGGCUUUAUUAGUAAAGAUUAAGCUAUGUGGUGGUAA